CAUCACAAGGCAUUGUAUGCGAUGAAUGGCUAUGGAGUCCCAACAUUAUCCAUGCAGCUUCUCACUCUAAGGCCAUGUUCACACUACAUAACGUCUGGACUGAACAGGUUCAUCCUUUCUGCAGACACGGAAAUUGGAAUUUCUGUGCCGAAAACAUCUGGCGCGGAAAUUCCACUGUGUACAAAGCGCAGCAGAAUCCUGUUAAAUUCAACGGGACUCUGCUGAAGCGGAAAUUCCGAGGCGUAAACAUGGCCUCAAUAGACAUUGGACUUUUUCAUUAGUAGUUAAACAGUGAAGCAGGUGAUCUUCAAGACAAAAUCCAUUAACCAAUUAGUGUCAGCCUUUAAAAAUGUCUGCUCCUUGGCCUCAUUAUAGGUUGUGGGUCUGAAUGGAAAGUACAAUGUGGGCUGUAGGUGCACAGGGCAUGAUGCUGGUUGUGUUUAUUGUCACCAGUUACUCCAGUGAUGUGCAAGCAGCUCAUUGUAAUGUGACUGGAGUCUGGGUGAAUACCCUGGGAUCAGUUCUUAAGCUUUUUGCUGAAGGGUCCCAGCUCAAAGGAUCACUACAUUCUUCUGUAGCGCUCUAUCCCGGUGCAGCUGGUGAGCGGAUGACUGGUAAGCUGAUCGGGCUCAUUGGACAAGGAGAUCAACCAACCUUCACCAUGUCCGUAAGCUGGAAAGAAGGUUCAAUCACUGCUUGGGUUGGUCAGUGCUUCCAGACAUCAGACUGCCCAGUGCUGAAGACAAUAUGGUUGUUGAGAUCAAAGGCAACAUUAGAAGAUAACUGGAAGGCAACCAGGAUUGGUGAAGAUGUGUUUUACCCACAGAAGAAAUGUGCUAUAGAUGGUGUAGUUUAAGAACAAAUAAAUAUUGCUCAAACCACA